AUGAGAGCUAGGAUUGAUAAGCUGGGACUCGAUCUUCCCUUUAUCUUCCAUGCUGGUGAGACGCAGGACCAUGGAAGCGACACUGACACAAACCUGUUUGACGGUAUCCUUCUUGGAACCAAGCACAUUGGACAUGGCUUCAGCAUCAUCAAGCGUCCACUAUUGAUGAAACUAUGCAAAGAGUGGAAUAUUGCCAUUGAGACCUGUCCAAUUAUCAAUGAGGUACUGGGGCUUUGCCCGACGACUAAGGCGCAUCACCCCAUCUUGCUGUCCAACUGUGUUCCGUGUACCAUCAUUAGCGACGAUCCAGGCUCUUGGGGAGCGAGCGUUCUCUCUCAUGACUUUUACCAAGCUUUGAUGGGAAGCAAUAACUUGUCGAUACCAGGCUUGAGGGUCAUUGCCGAGUGGAGUAUUGAGCAUAGUUGCAUGAGUUCUGAUAUGCAGGAGAAAGUGUACAAGGAUUUUGAGGAGAAGUGGUUUGUGUUCUGCCAAUGGAUCAUUGAUACUUAUGGCCAGCAGUGA